AUGUCCAAGAUGCAGCUCUCGACCGUCGCUGCCAGCCUGGGUCUUGCGGCCUUCGCAAGCACUUUCCUCGCUUUCCCAGUCAGCGCGGACGCCGUCACCAUCCCGCCCUCACCCUACGACAACAACAAUAAUCCCAAGCAGUACUGGAACUACAAGUAUCCCUGGGGCGACACCCACAACGGAGCUGCUCGCAUGGUCCCGGGCCACGUUCAGGCCUCCGGAGCGCCCCAAGUCGAGGAUCAAGUACACUCGGGCACGAUCUGGGCCAAGGAGCAGGUCAAAGUCGACGAGUCGAGCGCGGUCGGGUACGAGGCCGAGGCUGAGUUCAUCGCGCCGACUGCCAAGGGUACCUGGCCCGCUAACGCUGCGAGUGGCUGGCCUCCGGAGAUCGACAUCGCGGAACUCCAGGCUACUCACACGGCCAAAGGCCUCUGGAAGGCCUUGGACCUCAUCAUGGACUUGCAGAUCCAGGGUAGUUCUGGCUUCCCUGGUCCGUCGGGAACUACUGCCUUGAAGGUUCGCCACGUCAAGACGACCAGGUUGACCGCCUGA